AUGAUUGACAAUCACAGAGGUUGGCACGAGAUGUUGCCAUAUGCUUUUUUGGGUUAUAGAACGACUGUCAGAACAUCAAUUGGAGCUACUCCAUACUUGUUAGUACAUGGAACAAAAGCAGUUAUACUUGCCAAAGUUGAGAUACCUUCACUAAGAAUCACCCAAGAAGCUGAAUUGAGUGAUGCUGAUUGGGUUCGCAAGCGGAUUGAUCAGUUAACAUUGAUUGAUGAGAAGAGAAUGGUGGUCGUUUUUCAUGGUCAACUUUAUCGACUGAGAAUGAUUCGUACUUUCCACAAGAAAGAUGAGUACAAAGGGAAAUUUGCACCAAAUUGGCAAGGACCUUACAUGGUUCGCAAAGUGUUAUCUAGAGGUGCCUUGGUCCUGUCGGAGAUGGAUGACACUGAAUGGCCGAAACCGAUCAACUCAGAUGCUGUCAAGAGAUAUUAUGUGUGA